AUGCUUCCUGAAAAGGUUCCGAGGGUAGAGGACUGCCACAUGUGUCAGAAAGCAUUGCCACACGCCCACUCGGACACGAUAGCUCAGGAUAAAAACGUUCCUGCAAGCUCUGAUUCGAGGCCGAUUUAUUCGAGUGUUCACUUUGACGGUCGAGGACGGCCGAUGAUCAGGCCCUUGGUGCCAAUGGCAGAAAACAAUGUGGAGCAACUGGCUGGUGGGUCUCAGUCAAGAAUCAUGGGGAUCGCUGAGAACCCCGAGUUUGGAAAUCUUCGAACAGAGGGAAUAACGGAGGUUCUGCAGAAUGUUGGGGCCCCGUAUGUAAACGAUAAAGCCGUCCCCCAGAAGAGUGAAAAUUUAGAACCUUCUAAGACGACACUUCAGCAGGGUUUUGUGAUGAGUGGUGGGGUCCAAUAUCCUUAUGGCAUGUUUUUGGAUAAUGCACCCCAGUCUUGCCAGUCCAAUGCUGUACAAAAUCUAAUUGUUCAGCCUCAAACCCAAGUAAAUAAUGGUUUUUCCCCUAUUGGGAUUCCGUUACAGAUUAAUGAUUAUGUUCUUCACGAAUCCCCUAGAGCCUAUCCAGACAAAGUUUCUGGUGGAGUUCCAAUGGACGAACCUUCCUCAUCGGCGCUGGAGCACCUAAGACAAAUUGAUGAAAGGUUGGAAGAUCUCCAAAUACGGCCUUCUGAAGUGUUAUCAAAUAAUGAGCGUAACAAGGUAGCUGGAGAUCCUCGCAAGGAAGACACACAUAAUAUUACAUCUGCUGAACUCUGUGAAAUGGCAAAGCCUCCUCCUGUAGGUAGUCCUGACAUAUAUCCUUAUUCAUCCCAAGGGAUAAGUCAUUUGCACCCGAGUGAUACUUCUGGAAAUACUGUGUAUUCUGGUAUAGAGCGGCCUCAUGCAGCAGAAAUAAUCUCACCUGCUAGUGAAUGGAAGGACAGCAAUGUUGCAUGGCCUCAGUCUAAAAUGGUUGGUUUUGAGGAUAUCACUGAUAACUCGACAUCGCUAUUUAGCAACCAGGAUCCUUGGAGUAUGAGGCCUGAUACUCAUUUCCCCCCUCCCAAACCUGAAAAAAUUCAAAUACGGAAGGACACAGGCCAAAGAGAGGACAAUCUUCUCUUGAAUACUGGUGAAACACAAAGAAUUUUGUCCUUAAAAAGUCCACUGGCGGAUGGAGGAUACCAGCAGUCUAGCAAUGGAGAGCUUUGUCGGGAACAUAGUUUGUCUAAUAAAGGUUCUGCAGAGGAACUAAUAAAACAAGAACUUCAAGCAGUUGCUGAGGGUGUAGCUGCCACUGUUCUUCAUUCAUCCAUCCCUUCAAAUCCCGAUCUAUCUCCACCUAUAACCCAGCAAAAUGGUGGUGUUCAACCUACUAAUGUAGAAAUACAGCACAAAGACAAACUUGAAGAAAUCAAGACUAAAUUGCCGGACAAGAUAAAUUUUGGGUUUCCUGCAUCUGGCAUGGGCCGGCUACAGAUUAUUAGAAACAGUGAUUUGGAAGAGCUGCGGGAAUUGGGUUCUGGUACUUUUGGUACUGUCUAUCAUGGAAAGUGGAGGGGCACCGAUAUUGCCAUAAAACGCAUCAAUGACAGAUGCUUUGCUGGGAAGCCUUCCGAGCAAGACCGCAUGAGAGAUGAUUUCUGGAAUGAGGCAAUCAAACUAGCUGACUUGCACCAUCCAAAUGUGGUUGCUUUUUAUGGGGUUGUUCUAGAUGGUCCCGAUGGUUCAAUUGCCACUGUUACUGAAUACAUGGUGAACGGUUCUUUGAGAAAUGCUUUACAGAAGAGUGAGAGGAAUCUUGAUAAGCGGAAGCGCCUUUUGAUUGGAAUGGAUAUCGCCUUUGGAAUGGAAUACUUGCAUGGAAAGAAUAUAGUUCAUUUCGACUUAAAAAGUGACAAUCUGUUGGUCAAUCUCCGUGAUCCACAUCGACCAAUAUGCAAGGUUGGUGACUUGGGACUGUCAAAGGUGAAAUGCCAAACCCUAAUAUCUGGUGGGGUCAGAGGAACUCUUCCAUGGAUGGCUCCAGAGCUUCUCAAUGGGAGCAGUAGCCUGGUGUCUGAGAAGGUUGAUGUGUUUUCAUUUGGAAUCGUAAUGUGGGAACUCCUCACAGGCGAUGAACCUUAUGCCGACUUGCACUAUGGAGCCAUCAUCGGUGGUAUUGUGAGCAACACGCUGCGGCCCCUGGUGCCCGAAACAUGUGACCCUGAUUGGAGGGCUCUGAUGGAGAGGUGUUGGUCUUCCGAACCAUCUGAAAGGCCCAAUUUCACGGACAUCGCCAAUGAAUUACGAGCCAUGGCCACUAAGCUCCCACCCAAAGGACAGCCCCAGCAGCAGCAACAACUUCCAUCAAACAAUCCUCAAAUCAAAGGCUAA